UAGCCGUGCUUAGGGAGAUUGUGUUUCGGAGAUCGGGGUCAAGGUAGGGAAGAGUGGAAUCAUCAUCGAUUAAUUUGGAAGACUUAGAAAACGAAAACUAUUACUCGGACAUGCUGAAAGGAGAGGAGACUUCAUCAAUAGAGGACAGUGGAGAUUUCAUCAGCUCUAUGCCUGAUGACAUCCUCCACCAUAUUUUCUCCUUUAUUCCCACUAUUCUCGCCGUAAAAACUUCCAUCUUGUCGAGACGUUGGAGGCAUGCAUGGUGCGAGACACCUUGUCUCUCCUUCCGUGGCGUGGAAACGACGGCUCGUGUGAUAACCCAAACCCUAAAAUCUUACAGGGCUCUCAAAAUCACCAGCUUUCGUCUUGCUACCGCCUAUUAUGUCACUUCAGGCGAGAUUAAUAGCUGGAUCAAGCUGGCUAUGUCCCGCAGCGUGAAUAAUCUGUCUGUGUCCUUCCUUAAUUAUAGAUGUCCAAAUUUCUUCUUUCUUAGUUCCUCCUUGGAGCAACUCUCCGUGAGUCUUGCUUUUGUGAUAUGCACAACAGUGUCUUGGAAAUCCCUAAGAAGCUUGACACUGAGUUCAUGCAUUUUCUCUUAUGGUGAACCCAUUGCUAAUAUUCUCUCUGGCUGUCCAAUUCUUGAAACCUUGGAAUUGAUUUACUGUCGUGGUUUACCUCGGCGUCUUGAUCUGAGUAAAUCACUGAGCCUAAGGAGAUUUGAGAUUAGGUUGAGUUUCCAAAGUUCAUAUGUUGAGAUUAUAGCGCCGCAGAUCCAUUACUUGAAAUUAACAAUCUCUGAGGAACAAUGUACUUUAGUUGAUGUCUCCUCUGUGAUCGAAGCUAGUCUUGAAAUUUGCAUCCAUGAAAAUUUUCUCCCGGUGGCUGAUUUUGUUCAAAUCAUGGUGCUAAAGAUGCUAGAACAGCUGAAAAAUGUAGAGAGGCUUACUUUUGGGAGUACCCUUCUUCAGGUAUUAUAUGUUUUUCAUUCUUGUAUUGUCUAUUUAAGGGCUAAAACUGUUUGUUUGACGUAUUAAGGUUUUAUUAUUUACAAACCUAAAACCCCAAAUGCAUAUCUAAGCGCACCAUCGCAUACGUUGAAAACAUCAACUUGUUAACUAAUUUGUAACAAAAUACAGUUCGUACGUAUUAUGGUUUUUUUUUUUAAAUUCUGUAGAGAUUUAUAUUUUUGAUCAUGUCUGACUUGUAUCAUCAUCGUAUUGCUAGAUUCUAUCUCUGGCCGAGCUACGAGGUAUUCUUUUCCCAACGUUCAACGUCCAAACUUUGAUUGUUGAAACAAUGUUUGUUCGAUCUGCUAUUCCGGGUAUAACAAGGUUACUACAAAAUUCACCUAUGCUGAAGAAGCUAAUAGCACAGGCAACGUGCCGG